AUGGCUGAGUUCUUAUUUCCCGGUACCAACAACUUCCGUAAGUUCACUGUUGAAUCCUUGGCCGCUAUUGAAAAGAGAAUCGCUGCCAAAAGGACUUGUCAAAGAAAUACUGUAGACCAGAGACCUGAAGAGAAACCGCGCCCUCAGCUGGAUCUAAAAGCUUUCCAGAAGUUACCUGCUCUCUAUGGAAAUCCUCCUCCGGAGUUCAUUGGGGAACCACUGGAGGAUCUUGACCCAUACUACAAAGAUCGUAAGAUUUUCAUAGUGCUGAACAAACAGAAAACAAUCUUCAGGUUUACUGCUACACGUGCCUUAUGGAUCCUGAGCCCUUUCCAUCCGCUCCGAAGAACAGCAAUUAAAAUUUUAGUACAUUCAUUAUUCACUUGGUUUAUUAUGUGCACUAUUAUAACUAAUUGUGUGUUCAUGGCACUGAAUGAGUCAUCUAAGGUUUCUCAAUCUCCUUCUUGGAGCAAGUAUAUUGAAUUCACUUUCACUGGCAUUUACACUUUCGAAUCAUUGAUAAAAAUACUGGCAAGAGGAUUCUGUCUAAAUGAAUUUACCUUCCUUCGAGAUCCGUGGAACUGGCUGGAUUUCAGCGUUAUCGUUAUGGCAUAUGUGGGAGCAUUUAGUUACUCGGGGAGUGUAUCAGUCCUCCGGACAUUCAGGGUUUUGAGAGCUUUAAAAACUAUUUCCGUAGUCCCAGGACUCAAGAUCAUUGUAGGUGCACUCAUCCAGUCUGUUAAGAAACUUGCUGAUGUGAUGAUCCUGACAGUUUUCUGCCUGAGUGUCUUUGCCCUCAUUGGCCUCCAGCUUUUUAAGGGCAAUCUGAGACAAAAGUGUAUCAGGAACUAUACAAAGCUCAGUGAUAUUAUUUAUUCCAAUAACAAAACAUGGGACUCCUUUGAAAUGUUUGCUAAUGAUACAGCAAACUUUGCUAAGAAGGCGGGCACCUCAGAUAUUUUGCUCUGUGGUGCUGGUGCUGGGACCUGCCCUCCAGAAUACGUAUGCAAGAAAGUCGGGGCAAAUCCUGAUUACGGUUUCACGAGUUUUGAUACAUUUGGCUGGGCCUUUCUUUCCUUAUUCCGGCUGAUGACACAGGACUGCUGGGAGCGGCUGUAUCAGCAGACGCUCAGAGCUUCUGGGAAGGUGUAUAUACUCUUCUUUAUGCUGGUCAUCUUCCUGGGCUCAUUUUAUCUAGUCAACUUGAUUCUGGCAGUGGUAACGAUGGCAUACGAAGAUCAGAACAAGGCCACCAUUGCUGAAACUGAGGCAAAGGAAAGGAAAUUUCGUGAAGCCAUGGAAUUAUUACAGACAGACCAGAAGCCAUUGGCUGCUAGAGGAAUUGAUAUCAUGUCGGUUAGCUCCUUUGAAGUCUCUUCUUUGUCUACCAAAGAGAUCAAAGAGAGAAGCAAUAGGAAAAAGAGAAAUAAGUCCCUGGGGACAGAAGACUAUGAAGAAGAAGAACAGUUUCCCAAGUCACAGUCCACAGACAUUCAACGAAAGUUGCCAGCCGUAAGUGAUGAGAACAGCAUGAUGCAUUUGCCUUCUCGUCUGUCAGUGGAGCACUUUAAUGAGGCACUUCAAAGACAAAGGGCAGCAAGUGCAGUCAGCAUAAUUACCAGUGUCUUGGAGGAACUUGAAGAAUCCCAGCGGAGAUGCCCUCCAUGCCUGAAAAAUUUUGCUUUAAAGUAUCUUAUUUGGGAUUGCUGUCCACUUUGGUUGAGAAUCAAGAAAAAAGUGGCUGCUUUCAUAAAGGAUCCUUUUAUUGAUCUCACCAUAACUAUCUGCAUUGUGAUGAACACUUUGUUCAUGGCACUGGAGCACAAUAACAUGUCAGAUAGUUUUAAAUCAAUGCUUAAUGUAGGCAACUUGGUCUUUACAGGAAUCUUCACUGCAGAAAUGAUCUUGAAAAUCAUUGCUCUAGAUCCCUAUUAUUAUUUUCAGCAGCACUGGAAUAUUUUUGACAGUGUAAUUGUCACAUUGAGUUUAAUUGAACUGAGUUUGCCCAAACGUAAAAGCAAGAAAGGAAGGAGAAAAGGAGGAACCGUGUCAGUUUUACGAUCCUUCAGACUGCUGAGGGUCUUCAAGCUGGCAAAGUCCUGGCCAACUUUAAACACUCUUAUUAAAAUCAUUGGUAACUCAUUGGGUGCACUGAGUAAUCUGACCCUCGUCCUGGCAAUUAUAGUUUUUAUCUUUGCUAUAGUAGGGGUGCAACUUUUUGGGAGAAGUUAUGGGGAGAACAGCCAUAAAAUAACUAAAAAUGGCAAGCUACGCUGGCAUAUGAUGGACUUUUUCCACUCGUUCCUCGUAAUUUUCCGAAUUCUGUGUGGAGAAUGGAUUGAGACCAUGUGGGACUGCAUGGUGGUAGCUGAACAACGGUUGUGCCUCCUUGUCUUUUUGCUGGUCAUGGUGAUAGGAAAUUUAGUGGUUCUCAACCUGUUCAUCGCUCUACUACUGAAUUCCUUCAGCACUGACUGUCUCCAGACAGCAGAAGAUGAUGGAGAGAUGAAUAAUCUUCGUAUUGCCUUUGCUCGGAUUCACAAGGGAUUUCACUUUGUGAAGAGUGUUACGUGGGAUACCUGUUGUGGAAAGCUCAGGGAUCUGAAGAAAGCACACAAAAAGAAAAUUAAAUUGACUGCCCAGAACCAGUUUGAUUUUGGAAAACAGAGAAAAAAUUGUAAAGAGAAUUACACUAAUGAAGUGACUGAGAAAAAUGAGGACAAAUGCUCUGGUCUUGAAGAUUUUAUUAAUAAUCCCAACGUGUUUGUUUGUGUCCCUAUUGCUGAGGCAGAGAAUAUAAGUGAGGGUUUUGAAGAUGAUGAUAAGCUUAGCACAUUUACAGACACAGAGUACGAUAAAAAGGAGGAAAAUCAGCUGAGGCAAAGAGGAGAAAGAAUGAAAAGUUCAGGAAGCUGGAGCAGAGGAUCAGGAUUUUCCUCAGAAGAAUUCAGUGUACUUUGCCUAGGAAAGGACAGAAAGGCAUCACCAGAGCAAAAAGAGUUUGACGACGUCAGCUCUUCUGAAGGCAGCACAGUGGAUCUGACGAAUCCUGAAGAUCUUUUGAGGCAGAUUCCAGAGUUUGCUGAAGACUUAAAGAACCCAGACACAUGUUUUCCAGAAGGUUGUGUUCGAUACUUUCGUUGUUGUGCGGGCAAAACCAUAAACUUGGGAGGACAAACAUGGUGGAACCUGAGAAAAACUUGCUACCAAAUUGUUGAGCAUUCCUGGUUUGAAUCCUUUAUCAUAUUCAUGAUUCUUCUGAGCAGCGGAGCCCUGGCAUUUGAAGAUAUCCAUAUAAACGAGAGAAGAAGUAUUAAAAUUAUGUUGGCAUUUCUUGACAAAAUAUUCACUUUCGUCUUUGUUCUGGAGAUGCUCCUGAAAUGGGUGGCUUAUGGCUUCAAGAAGUAUUUCACCAAUGCCUGGUGCUGGCUUGACUUCCUUAUUGUACACGUCUCUUUAAUAAACAUCAUAGGUAGUUCACUUGGUUAUAUGAAGUCUCUGAGGACUCUCCGAGCUCUGAGACCCUUGAGAGCGUUGUCACGAUUUGAAGGGAUGAGGGUGGUGGUCAAUGCCCUUGUAGGAGCCAUCCCUUCCAUCAUGAAUGUCCUCCUUGUCUGCCUCAUCUUCUGGCUCAUCUUUAGCAUCAUGGGAGUGAACUUAUUUGCUGGAAAGUUUGGGAAAUGUGUCAAUUUGACAGAAGAAGAUUCAGAAUUAAAUAGUUCGAUUAAUGACAUAACAGACUGUAAAACUUAUAAUAAUACAGGGAAAAUAUUCUGGGUCAAUGUUAAAGUCAAUUUCGAUAACGUUGGCUCUGGUUACCUGGCUCUUCUUCAGGUGGCAACAUUCAAAGGUUGGAUGGACAUUAUGUAUGCAGCAGUAGACUCACGAGAGAAAAAUGAACAGCCGCAAAUGGAACAUAGUCUAUUAAUGUAUCUCUACUUUGUGAACUUCAUCAUCUUCGGGUCUUUCUUUACCCUGAAUCUCUUUGUUGGUGUUAUUAUUGACAACUUCAACCAACAAAAGAAAAAGAUAAGUGGGGAAGAUAUCUUUAUGACAGAAGAACAGAAAAAAUACUACAAUGCAAUGAAAAAGCUGGGAUCCAAGAAACCUCAAAAGCCUAUUCCAAGACCAUUGAACAAAUACCAAGGGCUCCUUUUUGACGUUGUAACACGUCAAGCCUUUGAUGUCAUCAUCAUGAUUCUCAUCUGCCUCAACAUGAUCACCAUGAUGGUGGAAACGGAUGACCAAAGUGAAACAAAGACUUACGUUCUUAACAAAAUCAACAUACUCUUUGUUGCUAUCUUUACCUCAGAAUGCGUACUGAAAUUGGUGGCUCUGAGGCAAUACUAUUUCUCGAAUGCUUGGAACAUAUUUGAUUUAGUUGUUGUGAUCAUGUCGCUUAUUGCCUUACUGCUUUCUGGCAUCGGUAAAGCAUUUGAACAUUUCUUACCACCUACGCUCUUCAGAGUCAUUCGCUUGGCUCGGAUUGGCCGAAUACUAAGACUCAUCCGGGCUGCCAAAGGAAUUCGAACUCUGCUUUUUGCCUUAAUGAUGUCCCUACCCGCUCUGUUCAACAUUGGCCUCUUGCUUUUUCUGGUCAUGUUCAUUUAUGCCAUUUUUGGCAUGGCUAACUUUGCCUAUGUGAAGAUGGCAGAUGGCAUUGACGAUAUGUUCAACUUCCAAACCUUUGCUAACAGCAUGCUCUGUCUCUUCCAAAUCACAACAUCAGCUGGCUGGGAUGGUCUUCUCAGUCCUAUUUUAAACACUGGACCACCGUAUUGUGAUCCAAACGUAAGUGGUAUUAUAGGUGAAUGUGGUAAACCUGCCAUAGGCAUUAUUUAUUUUGUAAGUUAUAUCAUUAUAUCAUUUCUCAUUGUUGUCAACAUGUACAUAGCUGUUAUUUUAGAGAAUUUCAGUGUAGCCACCAAGGAAAGUACAGAGCCUCUAGGUGAAGAUGACUUUGACAUCUUUUAUGAAAUCUGGGAGAAGUUUGAUCCUGAAGCAACUCAGUUUAUAACUUUCUCUGCACUUUCGGACUUUGCAGAUGCGCUGACUGAACCUUUACGUGUACCAAAACCAAACAAAGUUGAACUCAUAGCAAUGGACCUGCCCAUGGUCAGUGGAGAUAGGAUCCAUUGCUUGGAUAUUUUGUUUGCUUUUACCAAACGAGUGUUAGGAGACUCUGGGGAGAUGGAUAAUCUGAAAGUGCAAAUGGAGGAGAAGUUCAUGGCUGCCAACCCUUCCAAAAAGUCCUAUGAACCAAUCUCCACUACACUUAGACACAAACAAGAGGAAGUUUGUGCCACUGUCAUCCAACGUGCAUACCGGAGUCAUUUGCUUCAGCGCUCCAUAAAGCAGGCUUCUUACCUGUACCAUCACAGAACUUGCAAUGGUGAUGUUCUUGGAGAGGAUGCUCCAGAAAAAGAGGGACUUAUUGCAUCUAUGAUGGAUGAAAACUAUGGCAGGAGUCUAGAUAAGUCUGAAACUUUGUCCUCAACAUCUUCUCCUCCAUCAUAUGACAGUGUCACAAGGGCCAAUAGUGGCAAUCUUAUGGUCGAGAAUGGAGAAUUUGCAGAUAAUCAACAAUCUCCAGAUAUUAAAUAG